AUUUUAGCAUUCUCAAGAAAACAAAUCCAUUUCUCCAACUCUUCUCUUUCUCUCUCAAACGGAGUUAGCCGGAGACGCACGCGCUAGAUCAGCAUUUGAUUUCUUAUUCGGUAUCCAGCAGAGAUGUGGCGGUGCUUUUCCCGUGCCAUCCGCAUUCCUUCCUCGAAGUCCGCCGCCACCGAUUCCGUUCGUCGGCUAUCUAGUGGAGCGGCGCCUUCAUACACGGUUGUGGAUCACACCUACGAUGCGGUGGUGGUUGGUGCAGGAGGCGCAGGACUGAGGGCGGCGAUAGGGCUAUCAGAGCAUGGAUUCAACACUGUUUGCAUUACCAAGCUGUUUCCUACUCGUUCCCAUACCGUUGCAGCUCAGGGUGGAAUUAAUGCUGCAUUGGGAAAUAUGACAGAGGAUGAUUGGAGAUGGCACAUGUAUGACACAGUUAAAGGAAGUGAUUGGCUUGGGGAUCAGGAUGCCAUUCAGUACAUGUGUAGGGAAGCACCAAAAGCAGUUAUUGAACUUGAGAAUUAUGGACUGCCAUUCUCCCGGACAGAAGAUGGGAAAAUAUAUCAGCGGGCAUUUGGUGGACAAAGCUUGAACUUUGGAAAAGGUGGACAAGCAUACCGUUGUGCUUGUGCAGCAGAUCGAACUGGACAUGCUUUGUUGCACACACUGUACGGCCAGGCUAUGAAACACAAUACUCAGUUCUUUGUGGAAUAUUUUGCCCUUGAUUUGCUAAUGGGCAAUGAUGGUAGCUGCCAGGGUGUAAUUGCAUUGAAUAUGGAGGAUGGAACCUUACAUCGAUUCCGUGCUGCCUCAACAAUUCUUGCUACUGGGGGUUAUGGUAGAGCAUACUUUUCUGCUACAUCUGCUCACACUUGCACUGGAGAUGGUAAUGCUAUGGUUGCACGUGCAGGAUUGCCACUCGAGGACCUUGAGUUUGUUCAAUUUCACCCCACAGGCAUAUACGGUGCUGGGUGUCUCAUCACCGAAGGUUCUCGAGGUGAAGGUGGUAUUCUUAGGAACAGUGAAGGUGAAAGAUUUAUGGAACGUUAUGCCCCGACGGCUAAGGAUCUUGCAUCUAGAGAUGUGGUAUCUCGAUCUAUGACUAUGGAGAUCCGGGAAGGUCGUGGUGUUGGACCCUUGAAAGAUCAUAUCUACCUUCACCUGAAUCAUUUGCCUCCGGAGGUUCUUCAGGAAAGACUUCCUGGCAUUUCUGAAACUGCAGCCAUUUUUGCUGGUGUUGAUGUGACAAAGGAGCCAAUCCCUGUUUUACCAACUGUCCAUUACAACAUGGGUGGUAUUCCCACAAAUUACCAUGGAGAGGUGGUUACCAUCAAAGGUAAUGAUCCUGAUGCUAUUAUUCCUGGUUUAUUUGCUGCUGGGGAAGCUGCCUGUGCAUCUGUUCAUGGUGCCAAUCGUCUUGGAGCCAACUCACUUCUUGACAUUGUUGUCUUUGGUCGGGCUUGUGCAAAUAGGGUUGCAGAGAUCCAGAAGCCAGGAGCGAAACAAAGACCAUUGGAAAAGGAUGCUGGAGAGAAGACCCUUUCGUGGUUGGACAAGCUACGUAACUCAAAUGGUACCCUUCCCACCUCAAAUAUCCGGCUGAACAUGCAACGGGUAAUGCAAAACAAUGCAGCUGUGUUUCGGACUCAAGAAACAUUGGAGGAAGGCUGCCAGUUGAUAGAUAAAACAUGGGAGAGUUUUCAUGAUGUGAAAUUGAAAGACAGAAGCUUGAUAUGGAACUCAGACUUGAUAGAGACUAUUGAGUUGGAGAAUCUUCUGAUUAACGCAUGUAUAACCAUGCACUCUGCUGAGGCGAGGAAAGAAAGCAGAGGAGCUCAUGCAAGGGAAGAUUUUACGAAAAGAGAUGAUGAGAACUGGAUGCGACAUACAUUAGGAUACUGGGAGAACGAGAAGGUUCGACUGGACUACAGGCCAGUUCAUAUGGAUACACUUGAUGAUGAAAUCGAAACAUUCCCUCCCAAAGUUCAUAUUUAUAAAUCAUCACAAAAAUCUUUUGAAUUGUAGAGUUAGGAUUGAAGGUGAAAAGAAUGUUGAGUACACACCGCUUGUCAUAUUCACUACCAAACUAUAUUAUUGGAAAAGCAUCGAGCAUCAGGCUUGCAAGAGCUUCUUCUUCAUCCACCUCCGACAACAAACCACAAACAUCAACAGAAACCAACCUUGAUAAAGAUGCCAAAUCUGGGGCCAAUAAACCUUUAGAUGGAGGGUAUGCGAAGAGGUCUGAUGAACAAGGAUUUGGAGCAACAUAUGGAGGAAAUCAGUCACUCUCAAAGGAUGAUGAGGAUAAAAUUGUCCAUGCAAAUGUCCCUGAGUAUGAUAGGAGUAAAAAGAGUUCAUGAGUUGAGAUGAUCAGAUGAAGAAGGAAGUGCACAGAGAUGAAGAGGGAAAUAGUUAGUCCCUGAUCAACAUUCACAGAGAUGUAUCUUUUGCACAAUUUUCAAUUAAUUUACCCCUCAAAUCAUUGUUGUGAAUGCUUUAAUUAGUUAACUACUUAUCCUUUUGUUGCAUCUCUUUUGUUAGAACUGGUUAAAAGAUAAGGUGUAUGUAAUGCCAAUUAUUAAGUCAACAAAUCCAUGCAUUUAAUACUUGAUAGGUUUCGUUAAAUGUUA